GCAAGGAAAAGGAAGUGAGAAUUUUGAAAGCCACAGCUGUUGCCAUCUAGCCACAUUUUCCUGAUCAAUAUUGAUGUUGCAACAAGCUUCUGUACAUAUAAAUAUACAAUUCGUCUUUAAAGUCCAUACUUUGAUCGCUCAUAAAGAACAAGCUGUCGUGCAUUGGGUGUCAUGUCACCCUGUAAUUGUAAGCGCUAGCUACUAACUAAUGCCUGUGCCUAGCGGCGACGGGUCGAAGAGCGUACACCUGUGCUAGCUAUCCAUCUAAUUUGUGAGAAUAUCCAGUACACUAGUAGCUUGUUAGCACCCAACCCAAGGAAGGUACAUUUUGACAGAAUGCGAUGGGAAACUGCUGGGCUUAUUGUUCUGGAAUCUUCAGAAGAGAAGCGAACAGGAUACAACGAGGAGGCGGGUAAGUGAUACGCCCUUUAAACCAACGAAUGCAACGUCAAAAAACCUCCACGGUGCCCAAAGCUUAUUCCGCGUUCAAAACAACUGGGAACUCGAAAAUCUCUGACUUCCAACAUGUGUGUUCAAAACAACUGGGAAUUUGGAAAACGCGUUCCGACUGGGAAAAAAAUCGAUUUGAACGGACAUCCAACUCGGAAUUCCAAAUCGAAAGAGGCCUGACUUCCCGACCCAAAUAUCACUGACGUUAUGAUAGUACCUCGGAUUUUCGAGUUCACAGUUGUUUUGAACGCGGCAUAAUAGUGACGAGCCAGAGUCGCUUGUCAAAAAACGUUACCUUUCCCUGCUAACUAACUAGGUUUUCCCGCAGCAAGUUGAAGCGUUACCCACCCCACCCCUUCAUGUGGGUCUUGCCAUACUGACACACGGCUUUGUAGGGCAUGUAUUUGGGAGGGCAUGAUGCAUUUUAAAUAUUUGAUGCUGUAUUAAAUUACAAUGAGCUAAUAUGGAAAAACAUUUUGUUGACAGACUCAUUGCAUUCAGCUUCCGUACAGAAAAAUGACAUUUCUGUAGGCUUGAUGUUAUUGAUAUCAGUUAGGCCUAUAACGUUACAGUUGUGAUGCCAGGCUGUAUCUGAACAAUUCCAUGGUAACAGAAUUAUGCUGAGACUCAGAUUUUUCACAUUAAAAUGUAUGCCAAACAAAAACCAAUGACUGCAAAGUUAAACAAACCAUACAACUCUAUGCACAAGGACAACAUAACAAUUUCCACUGAACAUUUUACAAAAACACAUUUACUUGAACAGUGCAGAUGCACAGUUUGGUAACAGAAUGACGGCACAAACAGUCAUUCCAUGUCAUUUCAGCAAGCGAUGACACCCACCAUCUAAGAUUGUUCAGAAAUUGUUUAUGUAGUUAAGAAACCGAUAUUAGCAUUCCUGAAACAUUAUUUUGUUGAACUAUAAUUUGAUCUGAGAAAUUAAGCUAAUUAAUUGCACCCAAAUUGGACCUUUUUUAAUUGAUAGGAUUCACACAAUAUUGAACAUAUAGUACCCAACAUCCGAUUUGGACCAAACUUCUUCCUACCAUUGAGUAAGACAUGAGGAACCAAUAAAAUGGUCAAAAGUCACCCAAGGACCCCCCACAACCCAAAAAACAGUAUACAUGAUCAGUUAUGUCUGACAAGUAGUAUGGAGCUGCAGCUUGGAGUAUUGCUUCAUCUUUGUAAUGUAAUCCCUGUGAGUCAGGUGAUUUUGUCCCCCCCGUUCAGCGAAAUUAGCCAUUGAAUUCGCUUGCAAUAUUUAACAUAAAUUGGUGUGAUAGUACCAGGUUUUGCCAACACGAUGCCGCUGUCCUGCUAGUGCCAACACCCUUUUAUCGAUUUUGCUGGUCUGUUGUAUUUUUUAGGUCUCCUUUUCUUUGGAACUUUGGGUAGAAAACUAACAGCUUUUGCUCAUGAUGAAAAUAAAUUGUGUGGUCAAGCCAGUCCUCGAUGAAAGCAUUUCAGUUUGUCCUUCUCUUAGCAACCUAAUGCUUCAACUCAACUCUCCUUGAAUAGUCCAACAAAUGGCAGCUCUCUGAGAGGGCUAUCCCAGUCAUGCAAUUCUGAUAUGAAAACAUUUCCUACAAGCUCAGAACUUUGAUGGAGAAAUUGUCUAGUGACUAAAAUGUUGUGACAACCCUAAUAAAAUAAUACAAUUAUAAACCAUUCAUGGCAGUCAGAUGUUUUCAAUAACGUGAUAAGUGACAUUUACCAUUAAACACAAGAAGCAAUACUCCAAGCAGCAGCUCCAUGCUACUUGUACUUGUCAGACAUAGAACUGAUACUGUAUACUGGUUGUUUGGGGUGGGAUUGUGGGUGGGUUUUGAUAAUUUCUCAUGUCUUACUCAUUGUUAUGAAGAAUGAUGGUCCAAAUCGGAUGUAAGGUACUAUAUGUAUUGAAGAUUAUAUGAGUCCUAUUCAUUCAAAUGGCCAAUUUGCGUGCAAACAAAUAGCUUCAUUUCUCAGAGAUCAAAUUAUAUUUCAACAAAUUAAUGUUUCAGGAAUGCUAAUCUUAUCUGUUUCUAUCUACAGAAACGAUUUCAGAACAAUCUGAGAUAGUGGGUGUCAAUCCUCUUUCUUGUGCUUUUUGAGGUGGAAUGACUUUGCAAACGUUGCAUCUGCACUGUUUAAGUAAAUGUGUUUUUGUAAGAUUUUCAGUCAUUGGUUUUUGUUUGGCAAAAAUCUGAGUCGGCAUCAAUUGCCCGUCUCUUCUGUUGAAAGAACUAGCUAAGGACAAUCAUGACAGUGACCGAAAGCAGCCUAAAUGGAUGUCAAUAUUGUCAAAUAUCUGUCCGUACAGGUCAAAAUACUUUAGAAGCAGUACUACUGGGGAACAUUACACAAUAGAGGUAUGGUACUUACAUUUUUCUGGAAGUAGGCCUAUGUCAUGUUUCAUCAUGCAUCACUUGGUUGGGAAAACAUGAUGUACUUACAGUGCAGUUCUGUCUCCCCACAGUUUGAAAACCUUGUUGAGAGCGAUGAGGUAAGUGUGUGAACAUGUAAACCAUAUUUGUUCGAUUGAAACAAUCCGAAAGUGUGCCAUUGGCUGAAGAUGCACAGAAGACACGAUGAUUGUGGUCCUAUUCUGUAUGAUUCUUUGCCCACUUAUUUUAAUUUCAGGCGGAGAGCCCACAAAGCUGUCCCAGGUAUGUUUUUUAACUUUCGGGGGACUGACGAAUGCAUUUCAGAAGAAUAAUGUUAAUCAGGGCUUAAACCAAGAUGAGCUUGCGGUAAUGUUUGUUUCAUUUUGAUACUAGGCCUAUCAGUGAAGAUGAGAUCAUCCACCUCAAAGAGCACCGGUAUGCUGCAAUUUCCGAUCAGCAGACCUUGAUAGACAAGAAGUUGCAAGCAGAGGUAGGCUUACACAAAAACAGAGCCGCUGAAAGGACUGGAGAAAUCUACAUACCUUUUUUUUUUGCUUACAGAUAAUGGAAGGUUCAAUUCAACAGAGUCAUUACACUUCCUUGUUUAUAAACUUUGUACUACCUUUCAUGUAGCAAGAUACAGUAUCUAAGAUACGUUUAUGCUUAGCCUACGUGCUCAUAGCAGCCUUUUUGUAAAUUUUGGUUGAUUUUCAGAAUUGUUUUGCAAUUUUGGUUUUCUGUUCUCAACUUUGGGUUCUUUGUCUUGUCAUUUCUGCUCAGUUAUUAGCACAAGAGGAGAAGUUAAGGCUAGAAGAGGAGGCUAGAAAUGCUGCCCAGCGUGAGGCCGCCAGGCUGGCAUGCGAGAGAAAGCUAAAGGAGGUGAGGCGGCCAUUAUUGAGUGCGCCUGUCGUCCCUUCACUACCUUGUUCCGCCUCACCCACCUUUUCCUUGGCUCUACCCCUGCUUCUUUUGAUUAGUGUUACACGGUACACCAAAACUUCUGUACUUUUUCCAUACUACAACAUAUCAAACGGUACGGUACUAGAAUUGUGUUAUUUUCGGUUGGUCGUUCUAUGUGUCUCACGUUUGGAAAUCAGCUAAAUGUAUUGCAUUUAUUAGAAAAGUAUUUAAUUAGCCGAAGUUUAUCAUAAGACAUGAACAGAAUCAGUGAUUCAUAUUCCCUGGAACUUUCUGAAGAGGCAAUGAGAAUGCCCCUGUCUGUGUGUGCACGCGGGGUGUGCAUAUGGCUACCACUUUGUGUAUCCGUUAGUGAUGCUAAUGAUAAGCGUCUUCGUGUAGAUGGAAAGGCUUUCCCAAAAACCUUCUUAAUUAAACGUUAACUACAAAGUAGCUUACCUGGCAGAAUCAUGAUGAUUUGCAUCAAUCCGCUUGGUUUGCAAACUCCAUCACGUGAGCUACAGAAACACAGCUAACCAAACAACCGUGCCAACUGCAUGAGCACAAAAAUUAAAGGGUAACUACACUCAAAUAAAAAUGUCUUAGAUUUUUCCCAGACCUCGAAACUGGUACCCUGAUGUGGUUUAAGCAUUGUUGUGGACUUAGAACAUCCAAUUUUGUUUUUCUAUUUAAAAAAAGUUUGAUUCUUUUAGAGUGAAAACCUGAAAACACUGGGAAAAAUCAGUCCUCCCGCUUUCUUUUUUUGGCGUGGUAUCAUUUUUGUAUCGAGUAUCGUGAUACUAAACCUGGUAUUGGUAAAGAAGCCAUAGUUCUGGUAUCGUGAAAACACUACUCUUGAUAACCACUUCAAGUACAUAAUGCCACAAGUUGGUGUUCAUCCUUUGUCAAUCUAAAGAACUGUAGUCUAUGGUAUGUCUCUCAAUAUGAAUUUGUAAAUCGUACCCCAAGUGUCCUUUGAAGUAGGGAUUUACCUUUCCCUUUUUUAUGUGAAUUGAGACAUUUGUCCACACUCUAUUCCUUAACCUCAAAUUAGCCUAUGUAUCCAUUAAUUUCCAUUCUUUUGAUAUUUGAGUUGUUUCUCAAUGCUGUGCUUUUUUAUUAUUCAUUCCACAGUUUUUCCCUUGGUUAAUUCCAUUUGUUUCAUCUGGGUUUGCCUAUCUGCCACCUUAAUUAAUGUUAACACAGCCGGUAAUGCCAGCAUGUAACUAACAAAUCUUCAAGUGAUCAUUAUUUACAUUUUCGACCAAGUGUUUUUCUGAGGUAUUAUUAUUUUUCAAAGCAACAGCUUGCACAACGGAAAAAAGGCAAGGCAGAAGGCAAAAGUGGCGCAGCCCAUCCAAGAAAGUGAGUAUAUCAACCAAGUAAAAAUGGCUACCUCAUGGUCCAUGUGUGUCACAGUGAUGGUAUGACCAUGAAAUUGAGUCGAGUUGACUGUUUCUCCUCCACUGGUUGGAUUCUGUUCUAGGCAUGGCUCAGUUAAAGACUUUGAUGUCUACCUACAGAAUGUGAAAGUCACGUCGGAAGCCUUCAGGAGCAGCAGUGAGUCCGCUAUUUCACCAUUUUCUGUAGCCUAUAUAUUAUAUUCCAUGUUUGAAACAGUUCCUCUCGAAUUGUGCAUACCAACAUUCUAUUUUAAGAUAAAACACUUUCUGUAUCCCUGAAAGUUAAUCGUCAUGCCUCAUUGAGACUUCUUGCUCUUUGAAACCACCUGUGAUUUGAUAACCCAGUGUUUGUGUAAUCAGGGCUGUCUUCUGAGACUAAUGUGAUCACUCCCAACACGGAGAGCAGCUGGGACUUCAACACCAAGACCCGCUCCACCAACGAUGACGGAACCUCACUGGACCUGGAGUGGGAGGACGAGGAAGGUGGGGCUUGUGUAAUUACUUAUUGUCUUUUACUUGUUGUCGCCUUGGAGGUUUUGUCACGUGAAAAAAUACAUUCCCUGAACUUGUACUACUUGUACUGUGCAGUACAACAACAGUAAUUGUCGAUUUCAAACCUCCCAAAACCACCAGUUGAAUGGCCAUGUGAGGUUUAACUCCAUGUAUCGGUGUAUCAAAUUGUCCUUGUCUUCAGGGAUGAACCAGGCGGUCCCAGUGUGGGAGAGGUCUAAAACCGAGGAGGACAUACUCCGAGCGGCACUCCGGCCGGGUGGGAAGCAGACGACCAGCGGUCCGGCCUCCGCCUCGGAGGAAUCCAACGCCCUGGAGUGGGAGAACGACUUUGUGAGCGCGCACGGCGAGGAUAAUGCUGAGGAGAAUGCAGAGGACUCUGAAUACGAGUGCUUUGUCAACCCCGUCAUGGAUAUGGACACCCCAUCUGAGGAAACACCACCAGUAGAGAUCACUGCACCGGAGACUGUGGAGAGAUAGUCCUCAUCGCCGGGGGAACCAGAGUAAAAUCCUAGCAUUAGCACACAUUUUUGUUUGUUUGUCCUCAUUGUCUGGGGGACCAGUUUUGAUUUGACAAUCUUCUCUUGUGUUAAUUAAGCCUUAGUUGGAGUGACAACAUUUUCAUGUCAUCCAGUGCAUCAUUGAAUCAAGUGCAAUUUGCAGAUCUAGUUUGGAGUGAUAGUGAUUGGGUUUUUAUUUGUGAGAGGGCUACAUUGUCUUCACAGUUAAAAUGAACAGAAAACAUAUAGGGACACAUACAAUAAAAGCAACAACUUUCUAUCAGUGCCUGAAUCACUAGGAAAUAAAACUGUCAUAAAUUGUUGACCAGUUCAUCAGAUAGUUAGCUGACAAGGACUUUGUCCGUUACCAAGUGAAUAUUUUUAUCAAAGUGGUUCUCCAAGGAUCAUCGCUUGCCAGUUCCCUGGUAUGAAACAUGUAGAGAACAUCUAAUGGAGUGGAGUAUAUCAUAUCAUGGAAAGUUGAAGUCGAAAGUUUACAUAC